AUGACGUUAAAUGAGAGAAUUAAUUUAAUUGUUACAAAUUCUCUUAUAAAUGAGUAUGAAGAGAAUGGAGCUGUAUGUAUUCGUCAACUUUUGAAUAAGGAUGAAAUUGAAUUACUUCGACAAGGAAUCGAUGAAAAUCUUUCACAUCCAUCUCCUCAUUUCAAAACUGCUAGUCAACCUGAUGAUACAGGUCGAUUUAUUGAAGAUUUUUGUACAUGGAAAACAAAUCGUUAUUAUAAACAAUUUAUUUAUGAAUCACCAUGUGCUGCAAUUGCUGGACAUCUUAUGAAAAGUUCAAUAAGUCGAUUAUAUCAUGAUCAUUUACUUGUUAAAGAAUCGAAUACAAAACAAAUAACUCCAUGGCAUCAAGAUCAACCUUAUUAUAAUAUUGAAGGAAAUCAAACAUGUAGUUUUUGGAUACCUAUUGACCCAGUUUCACGUUAUUCAACUUUAGAAUUCAUAGCUGGAUCACAUCGUGGUCAGCGAUGGCUUAUGCCAAGAACUUUCAUGAAUUCAGAAGCAAAAUGGUUUCCUGAAGGUAGUCUAGAAGAAAUUCCUGAUAUUAAUGCAAAUCGAAAUGCAUUUCCUAUUAUUGGAUGGGAAUUAGAACCAGGUGAUGUUAUUGCUUUUCAUAUGCUUACAUUACAUGGUUCUCAAGGUACAAGAGAAAAUGAUAAUCGGCGUCGAGUUUUUUCCGUUCGUUUCUUAGGUGAUGAUGUAAUACAUGCACCAAGAACAUGGAUUACAUCACCUGAUUUUUCAUACAUUUCUCAAGAUAUUAAACCCGGUGCUCCUAUGAAUCAUCCAGAUUUCCCUAUCAUUUGGAAAUCAUUAUAA